CGCUGCGGCAGUUUUAUUCUGUUAUUUAUUUGUGUUUUAUUUAUUUUUUUGUCUUUUUUUGUUGGAAGUCUAUCAAUCCUUUCGCCGCGCUCAGCCAUUUAGUAUGCGCAUUGUUGUUGUUGCUAGUACUCAAAUCAAUUCGCCGAUUUUCGUCCGUGUAAACGCCAACUCACCGCCUCACCGACUCACCAAUCAAUCGAUAAAACCAUCGACCGCCUAUUUUAUUACAAGCCGUUCUCUUUAUAUAUGUAUAUGCAAGGCUGUGUGCGUGCGCUUGCCUGCAAUGAUUGCCUAAAUUUAGGCGCGCUGCUGAAAAAUUGAUUGUAAUUUAGUUAAUUGAAAUUUACAUUGUGGCAUUAAAAUUAAAUGUGCGAUGUGCGAUUUUUUUUUGUUUGCCGUUCGCUCGAGUUGAGCACAUUGGCAGCUGGAGACUGGUAUUAGCUGUCCGUCACACUGGUUGCAGAGAUCUGCAGUCUUGCAUUCUUAAGCAAAACAGCUGUUCAACGCCGCGGCACGCAUAAGCCACUUCAACCGCAGCCAGCGCCUCCCUUUGGGCACCUGAGGCGCAAAUAGUUGCUGAAACAUUUUUAUGAAGCCAACGGGAAUGGAGCAGUGUAAGGACAAAUUUAAAUGCUUGCAGUGAACGUGGAAAGGAAACAGACAAAACACAAUCGAAAAAUUGGACCAAAAACUAUGUUGCAACAACAGCAAAAAGCGUAGCAAAACGAAUGUAGGAGAGGCAUAGUGUAAACAAUUUAACAGCCAGGAAGAGACACUGACAACAACAACAAAAACAACGCGGAGAAUUACGAAAGUAAGCUACACAGCAACAAUACAACGGCGCACUCGUUGAAGGCGGCGAGUAAGUCAGUCAACACAACAGAUUACGUGCAACAUUGACAACAGGAAGUGCUGACGACAGGCGGCAAUGGCGACGACGCCGGUGCACGCGUCACAGCCGAACUGCUGAGAGCGCUGCUGCCGGCGACGGCUGAGCAACGUAGACGGAUGGACGGCGGCAUGAACGGCAUUAAACUGUAAUUAAACAAAAGUUACUGACGCCAGGCGAAAGAAAUGCGAAGCCAACAACAAUAACACAUCGCAUUGCAACAAAGAUUACCGUUAACUGCUGUAAGGCAAACGCGAACAAUGCCUGCAACAAUUGCAUGCAACAACAUAAUCACCGUCAAGACAAUGCUGACACACAUUAAUGCAAGCACACACACGUACAGAGAUGCACAGAGGCACAAAGAUACUCCAUUGCGUGAAAUGAAAUUGUGUUGUUGCAUGAGUGCAGUGUUGUUGCAGUGACACUUUGAAGGAUGUGUUUAAAUUAGGGCGGGCAGAACAACGCUGUUGGCACUUUGCCAACAAUGUCACGUCACUAGCAGACACUAAAAACAACAAUAACCCAAAAAUAAAAACAAAGUACUGAAAAGUAAUAAAAAUAACGGCGAAAUAACAAAAGCACCGCGUUGGCGCCUGAGCGCUCAAUUGUGUUGCGGUUGUGUAGGUGUUGGGGAAAUUAAGUGUGGACAUAAACACUUCCGGUUGGCUAAAACGACAUUAGCGCGUCACGAAGAGUGACAGCUGAGACAGUUGAAGCCACACAUAUGCGUGCGGAAGUCAAUAGAGGAGAGAGGGCGGUGUGUGUAUCAAAUAAGAGAUAGAGAGAGAGAGAGUGAAAGAGAUUGAGAGUUACUGAAAUCGCACAAUGAAUAUGAAAAGCACAUAAGAACCUUACAAAAACUCCAGCAAGUCUAACCAAAAUUAAAACAAACAAAAAAAUACAACAACAAAAGCAAAUAAUCAAAAACGCUUCGUACGCCCGCCGCACGCCGUGUAACCAGCAUAAAUGUUCCCGUGGCGGCGACGACGGCGGUGCGUACAACAAAUGCAACAAACACGUCUGUUAUUACAAUUAAAAUGUCGGACGUUGAAAGAGCGCGAAACGCAACGAAGACAACAGCAAACACAGCGUCGACAACAGCAACAGCCAAAACAACAACAACAACAGCAAUAGAACGCAUCACAGCAAACAGUGAGCAAUUGCCAUAUAAACACUCCUCAACAACAGCAACAACACCAGGAGCAGCAGCAGCCGCAGCGGUGAAGUUACAACACCAACAACUCUACCACAAUCAACUUUAUCACCAGCAGCAACAACAGCCAGUCUAUAGUAAGCCAACAACACACUAUAAUUACAAUAAUAGCGCAACUGUUGCACAACAACAACCACAAUAUCAAUUGAUCACCAGCGCUGGUGGCGAAUUUGGUGGUGGCGCUGCCGACGACACAUCCAUCUUUGGCAGCUGUUUUGGGCUCUUGCUGAAGGUAUUCUUCUCACCACCCGGUUUGGUGGCAUUGGUUGUGGGCUACUCGAUGCUCGGCGCUUGCAUAUUUCCAUUACUUGAGGCACCACAGGACAUUAACACGUCGGCGGCGAUCGCGAAGAGUCGAGAGGAGUGUCUGCGUGAGCUGUGGAUUAUAACGGAAAAACUCAACGUCUUGUACGAGCGCAACUGGUCCACAUUGGUGCACGAACAGCUGCGUCGCUUCGAAGAUUCGAUAGUGGCUGCCACACGUCAUACGAAUAACAGUAGCUACAGCAUCGGUAUGUUUGGCGGCAGUUCAACAGCGUUGCGUCGCUAUGGCAGCACAUUUGACGCGUCCACAGAUGUCAUGUUGGCGCCGACACAUUGGACUUUUGGCGAGGCUUUGCUCUACUCAGUCACUGUGAUAACAACAAUUGGUCAUGGCAGCUUAACGCCCCGCACUGCCGCUGGUAAAAUCGCAACCAUUUUGUAUGCCCUAAUCGGUGUGCCGCUCAUGUUGAUGUGCCUCUCCAGUUUGGGUGCGCUACUGGCGGAGGCGUUACAAUGUACCUAUGCGCGUAUCUGCUGUCGGCUAUCGCGCCAUCAGCACCAUCAACACCAUACCCAUCAACACAGCCAGCCACACAAUCACCACCACCAUCAGCAGCACAAACAUGAAAAGGGUCAUAGAGAAAAGGAGAAACAACCGCCGCCACAUGAUCUUUAUCAACAACAAACACAUCACCUGCAAGUGACCGGUGAGAAGAGUGGGCAUUUGCUCGAAGCAUCAGCUGGUACAAUAGGCGUGAGUAGUGGUGGCGUUAGUAAAUAUGCGAGGCGUUGCAGUGCGGACAGCUUAGAUAAUGAUGUGCUGCUGAAGCGCGGACUUAACGGUUGCCAGCAGGAAAAGGGACAUGAGUUGGACUGCAAAAACUGUAAAUACGAUGCUUUAAUUACGGAAACAAAUCUGAGCAGUGGUUACGAUUACAGCAAUAGCGGUAAUAUGGGCGAUCCGGUAGAUGACUCCUGUCGCCUGCUGCACAACUCACCGGCGAAAUUAAAUCAAAACCAAAUGUUGACGGGAGCGAAAAUCAAUGCGCACUACUAUCAACAGCAGCAGCAGCAGCAGCAACCACAGCUACAGCAACAGCAACAACGACCCGAUGUUAUGCUAAUGGCAACAACAGCAACGGCAGCACCGAAAUCAAUACAACAACAAUAUCAGCAACUUUAUAGCCGCUCGGCCACACCGUCACCGCAACAUUUCCAACAGCAACAGCAACAACCACAAUCGCAACAACAACAUACCAUGCAAACAUUCCACAUCGUAUCGGCCGGUUCAUCGCCCACACAACAAGGCCAACAACAACAACUGCAAACAAUGCCAACAUUGCGUCAGUACGCAACACUGCAAACGCACCAACAUAAACCACAACAACAACAACAGUAUGUUGCUGUGCCCAGCGGUGCGUUGGUGCGCUUUCAAACAACAACAACAACACCGGCUGCAACAGGAAUCGCCUCAGCGCUGAGUGGCAGUGGCAAUAAUUGCACAACCGACGGCAAUGGCAACGUCGGCAUCGGUGUAGGUGCAACACUCAUCGCCACCGGCAUGUCGGGCAAUUGUUAUCAAUCGGCGAAUGUGUCAGUGCCCGGUGGAGGCACAGCGACGGCCACAAUUUACUUUCCAAUUGCCACAGCAGCGCAUCCACAACAACAACAACAGCAGCAGCAGCCAUCGAGCUAUACGUCCGUUGCUACAGCAGCAGCAACAACAGCAAACAAUGACGCUACAAUAGCAACAACAAUGAGUGGCGCUGGCUUGGGAUCGGUCAGCAGCUCGGCAACCACAACACAAUUGCUUUGCAAUCAGCCGAUUGUGAAAUAUCACACCAUACAACUAACGCAUGCUACGAGCAAACAACAACAACAACAGCAACCCGCUUUGUUGGGCAGCGCCGCUGAUGUGAUGCCACUGCCGCCACCGCCAGCAUACCAAACGGCAACGGUGCACGGUAUACGACGAGCGAAAUUCCUGACUAAACCGCUGCCACCGGAGAUCAGCACAUUAGUAGCCGGCGAGCGCGAUUUAACCUGCCGACAUGAUUUAUUAUUACAACAAAGCAGUGCCAGUAGUGCUAGCAGCUAUGUAAACAAUGCAACUACAACACCAACACAAUCGACAAUGUAUGCUGGCACAACAACAACAGCAACAUCGAAUGCAUCAAACGCAACAACGAUUGCAAUGUUGACAGCCGGAUUGACAGCAACAGCGGCGGCAUGUAGCGGUAAUCCACCAACAACAACAGCAGCAGCAACAGCCAACAACACACAAAUGGGCGCAUUAAUGUCCGGCACAUCGUCCAUGGUCGGUUCGAAUGCCACUGUCGAUAUAAUGGAGGAUGAAGAAGAGCACGAACAACAACGAUUGGGCAACUGCCUACACGGCACGCCAUCACGCGUACCACUCAUCUCUGGCAGCAGCGGUGCCAUCAACGCACACAGCACCAACGGCAGCACAGACGAAGAGCAGCGGGGCGCGCGUAGUCUCUUCAAUGCCACCGCAGCCUCAUUCCAUCGGCACACGCUAAAUACCUUCCAACGCAAUGCAGCGGCACGUAAAUCAACCACAUAUGCCGCACAACGACGCGCAGGCUGCAACAUGCACGCAACAAGCCAACGAAGUGGGAAAGCGAGCAGCUGUUAUGGCGACACCGCCACCGAGACCUCCGACGACGAGGAUGUGGAGGCCGCGUACAUGCAACGUGAUGCGACUACGGGCGAACAGUUCCGACUAACAAAACUCAGCAAAAGCAACAAACAGCCAAAGUCAGAUGAGCAGACUGCCUACUGUGAUACCGAUGCGACUGCCGACGAGACUGAGGAUGACGAGGCAGCCUCGAAUGCCGACGCCGAGACGGAGGAGGCUGGCGCACAGGUGCCCAUCAGCAUUGUGCUGCUCAUACUCAUCUGCUACAUAUGCUUAGGCACUGUGAUUUUCGCCUUCUGGGAGAAUUGGUCCAUUGUGGAUGGCGCCUACUUUUGCUUUGUCACCUUGACCACCAUCGGCUAUGGUGACUUCAUGCCCGAACGCACCUUUCACGGACCGCACGUGCAGCUCUUCGCUUGUUGCGCCUAUCUGCUGUUGGGUCUGGUAUUGGUCGCAAUGUCGUUCAGUAUACUCGAGACGCAGCUAAUGUGGAAGUGCAAACGAAUUGCGGUACGACUGAAGUUGGCCAAUGAUUGAUAGUGGCGGCGUUUGUUAGCGCGUCGCGGCAGCGCCGGUGCGAUGGCGCAAUUUUUGUAGAAUGUAAGCGGAAGCAAAAGAAGCAAUAGAAAAAUGCGAAACAUAAAAAAUACAGUAGAAAGUAAAUGAAAGCAGGGAAAGCGUAUAAAUAAUAAUACAAAGAGCUAGACUAAGUAGUGUUUAAUUAGUGUUUAGUUGCGCACUGUAAAUAUUUUUGUUGUAAAAGUGCGUACGAGCACUGUAGAUAAAGCUUUAUUUAAGCCUUUCACUUAGGUAUGUUGGUUUACUGUUAGCUUAGUGGAUAGAGUUGUCAUAAGUCUCUUAGCCAAAUGCUUGUAGUGAAUGAUCAUUGAAAGUUGACUGCAACCUGAAGCAGGAAAAAGAUAAUUGUGUAACUCAAAGUGACGGUGGACAUAGGUUAUGUUAUCUUUUUGAUUGCCUCUUCUAAGAGUUUCUUCAUUUACUGCAAUUUAUUAGAAGAUCUUUCUGUAAGCAUUGACUUAUCGCAUUCAUAUCGACAGCCACUUCUAUAUGGUUCGCUCCCGUCGAAACAGCUCGUAUCUGCAUAAGCCACAAAAUAUCAAACAACGAAUUACUAUGGAUUAAAUGGAAUACUCCAAAACAUGGUCGACCGAAACCCUUAAGUACAAUAUGACCUGAUCCUUAAUAUAUCCAAUAUUGAAAAAUAUUUUUCUUAUGGAGACUCUCCGAAGCAACUGUUCAUUGCCAAAUAUAAUAAAAACUACAUUUCGACUUAACGAUGCCUCAACAGGGAAAAUUUUCCAGUUAUAAAAAAGCUUACCACUACAUAACUAAUAUCGUUAUUUGCAACAUGACAGAAUACAUGAUAUUUAUUGCAAGAGUUUCCUCGAACGAAUGUUUAUCACUGAAACUAAUAAUCGAUAAUUUUCCAUAAAACAAAACAUCGAUUUCGUUAAGUCUCGUUUCAUCACCUAUGAUUAUAAGUAACGUCGAAGCGAAAAUCUAAGAUGGCAUACAACAAAAUUUCCUCUGUGUUCGGGAAAAUAAUUUUUUUAUUUCAGAAGUUGAAUUGUCAACAAUGCUGUAUCAGGAAACAUCGAAACAGCUGAUCCAUAAAAUUUAAAGCCAAGUCCGAAGCAACAGUGAAGCAAGUUCAUUCUAAUAUAACUUGUAUAGAUAAAAAUAAACGCUCUGCUGCAGUGAGACCUGCUUAAAAUUAUUUUAAAAUAAAAAAAAUCACUACCCUGAAAAAAGAGUUUCGCAUCAUGCAUCGUUGGGAAACAAUUUCAGAUAUAAGUUCUCAUUUAGAUCUCAGCCAUCACACAAGCUUACUAACUUCGACUUAAAACUUUGUUCUCGUUACCCACACUCGAACUUACAACAGCUGAAAAUACGUAUAUUCCGCUUCCAAGACAAGUGAAUCUAGGAAAACGAGACGAAUCCGGAAAUUCAUUCAUGUACUGACAACGCUGUAACUCUAAUGGAUGGAACCAUUCAAAAAA